UGAAACGGCUUGGGACAAUAGUCCCAGUCGGAUCAUAAGAGAGCAUCACUGAAAUGACGGCGCAGAAACCACGUGUUUACGUAAUGGAAAGCCAAUCUUUCAAUUUAACCCCUCCUCCCCGUCUAUUUCUAACAGAGGUCCGACGUUGAAGGAAAUUCAUGCAAAUGUUUGUAUAGGCGCACCGUAGUUUUGGAGAUGCCAUUGCGUGGGGCUGAAAAAGCUUGAGGAAAAUACCCCACAAAGGGAAGAAACGCACACUCCAGGAAUCACGGACACACACUAAGAACCCAAGCUUGGCUUUAACAGAAACGUUGCAGUGUGGGACUACAAGAAAUGAAAACUGAGGUUGGUGUUAUCUGACCUCGCCAAACCAGCUGGUUUAGGAGAAACGAAUUGGACUUGAUCCGGCAAUGUGGUGUUUUGUUGGGGCUAUCAUUGCAGCAGUCUGUGCAUAGGAUGCAUCCUCCCUUGGCUUUUGAUGCUGUGCAGAUCCACCCUCCUCUCCUCAGAGUGAUGAACUAAUAGGCAAUGAUUUUCUCCUCGGAAAUCCACCGUGUUUUACUGUUUUCACGUUAGUUGUGUUUGUUUACUGGCGGCCCGUCUCCUCCCGGUGCGACACAUGCAAUUUACAGAGUAUAUUUUCUAUUAUCGACUAGUUGAGGAGCCAUCCUUUAUACGCCAGAAGAAGAAAUCACAUCAUUAAUACGAAGUCUGGCAGAUACUGAAUAUUUUGCCACGUGAAUGAAAACGCAUAGGACUUGGAUAUACCUAUUUUUCUAUGGUACAAUUGGUAGCCUUGUCCUGGAGAACUGAUCCAAUUGUGUUAUUAUGCAACCGCAAGGAUCUCAUCUCUAUCUGGGUGUUUAAGCCACUGGAUUGUUCUUCGCCCAAAUCAAUGUGGUUUCUUUGGAACAUUUUCAGCAAAGGAACGCAUAUGCUGCAGUGUCUUUGUGGCAAGAGUCUUAAGAAAACCAAGAAUCCAAGUGAUCCCCAGCUUAAGGGUAUAGUGACCAGGUUAUAUUGCAGGCAGGGAUACUACUUGCAAAUGAACCCAGAUGGCUCUCUUGAUGGGACCAAGGAUGACAGCAGUAAUUCCUCUUUGUUCAACCUUAUUCCUGUGGGCCUCAGAGUUGUCGCCAUUCAGUCCGUGAAGACAGGGUUAUACAUCGCCAUGAACGGGGAGGGCCAUCUGUACACAUCAGAACUCUUCACAGCGGAGUGCAAGUUCAAAGAGUCGGUGUUUGAGAACUACUAUGUGAUCUACUCGUCCAUGUUGUACAGACAACAGGAGUCGGGGAGAGCUUGGUUCCUAGGGCUAAAUAAAGACGGUCAAGCCAUGAAGGGGAACAGAGUGAAAAAAACAAAACCAGCUGCUCACUUCCUGCCCAAGCCAUUAGAAGUUGCUAUGUACAGAGAGCCAUCGUUGCAUGAUGUUGGAGAGACAGUGCCCAAGGCAGCAGUACCUCCCAGUAAAAGCACAAGUGAGCCAGCAGUGAUGAACGGAGGUAAACCUGUAAGCAAGCCUGACAAGCCCACCACAUAGCCACACCU